AGCCCGGACACCCAGCGUUUCUGGCCGAGUAGGUGAGGGCCAUGGGGCCCGCGCCCCUCCUGCUGCUGCUCUUGGGGGCCCUGGCCCCGGGGGAGACCUGGGCAGGCUCCCACUCCCUGAGGUAUUUCUUCACCGCGAUGUCCCGGCCCGGCCUCGGGGAGCCCCGCUUCAUCUCGGUGGGGUACGUGGACGACACGCAGUUCGUGCGGUUCGACAGCGACGCGGCGAACCCGAGGAUGGAGCCGCGGGCGCCCUGGAUGGCGCGGGAGGGGCAGGAGUACUGGGAGCAGCAGACUGGGACCCUGAAGGCCGCGGCACAGCUGAGCCAAGUGAACCUGAACAUCCUACGCGGCUACUACAACCAGAGCGAGGACGGGUCUCACACCCUCCAGGAGAUGUUUGGCUGCGAAGUGGGGCCCGACGGGCGCUUCCUCCGCGGGUACAGUCAGUCCGCCUACGAUGGCACCGAUUACAUCGCCCUAAACAAGGACCUGCGCUCCUGGACCGCGGUGGACAGGGCGGCUCAGCUGUCCCAGCGCAAGUGGGAGGAGGAGGGAGUGGCCGAACAUGAGAGGAACUACCUGGAGGGCACCUGCCUGGCAGGGCUGCGCAAAUACCUGGAGAAGGGGAAGGAGAGGCUGCAGCGCUCAGAUGCCCCAAAGACACAUGUGACCCACCACCCCACUUCUGACCAGAAGGUCACCCUGAGGUGCUGGGCCCUGGGCUUCUACCCUGCGGACAUCACCCUGACCUGGCAGCGAGAUGGGAAGGACCUGACCCAGGAGAUGGAGCUAGUGGACACCAGGCCUGGGGGAGAUGGAACCUUCCAGAAGUGGGCGGCUGUGGAGGUGCCUUCUGGAGAGGAGCAGAGAUACACAUGCCAUGUGCAGCAUGAGGGGCUUCAGGAGCCCCAAGUCCUGAUUUGGGUGCCCCCUCCUCAGUCCUCCAUCCCCACCGUGGGCAUCAUUGCUGGCCUGGUUCUCCUUGGAGCUGUGCUCACUGGAGCUGCGGUGGCUGCAGCUGUGAUGUGGAGGAGGAAGCGCUCAGGUGAAAAAGGAGGAAGCUACACUCAGGCUGCAGGCAGUGACAGUAGCCAGGGCUCUGAUGUGUCUCUCACAGCUGCUAAAGUGUGAGACAACUGCCUUGUGGAAACAGUGGUGCAAGGUUUCUUCUCACCCCCACACCCUUGCUGCAAAGGGCAUCCUCAUGUGUCUGUGUUCCUAUAGCAUAACGUGAGGAGGUGGGGAGACUGGCCCAGCCCUGCCCACCAGGCCCCUCCCCACACUGACCUGUGUCUCUCCCUGAUGACUUUCCUGCUCCAGCAGAGGCGGGGCUGGCUCCACCCCUGCCUGUAAUUUGUAUUUACCAAAGAAAAAUACACACUUCCCUAUUGAAAGUUAUUGUUAUUUUUUCUUUUCUUCCCAUAUGGGAUUGAUCGGUUAAUUAGCAGAAUUCCUAAUAUUUGAGAUUAAACAAAUAGAGGAGACCUGAGGACCAGCCAGAACUGCAGGGUUGCUGUGCUGAGUCUGUGCAGGUGUGGGCAGGAGAGGCUGUGAGGAGCCAAGGGGGACAGGCCUGUGUCCAGUCGGUGCUCAGUGCAUUCUGGGCUUUGACAUGGCCACUCCCCAGGGUCAUCUCUCUGCUCCUUUGUCCUUGUCCCUCAGUAGCACCUGUCCCAGCAGGGCCUGUGAUCACAGGGACUCAGACCCUACCUGGGCCUGUCUUGUCUCCAGGAUGUGGGUGGAGACUGCGUGUUCGGUCCUCAGCCUUUGUACUCUAUCUAUAUAUUAUUUUGGUUUUUAUUUUUAUGCCUGUUCAAUUUCAUAUGUAGAGACCAGGCCUCAUGUCCUCUGGGUGUCCCUGUCUCUGAUGGCAACAGGAGCAUCUGUCAUUGUCCCUACAAGGCCCAGGGAAAUCCCUGCACACAGGACUGUCUGGUGCUAGAGCUUGAUUUCCAGACUCAUCCAGUUGUUAGUCUCAUUUUAGGACUCUGUUCUGGAUGAUUAAUUCCAUUUUCUCCAUAUCUUUUAUAAAGAACUAAAUUCUGGUAUCAGGUGGAUUAGGUAAUGUUUCAUUUUAAAUAAUGUCUUGGAGGCCUCCCUGGUAGCACAAGGGGUUUAGACACAGCGCAAGUACAGUCCCCAGCCAGGGAGGUAACCCACAUGGCACUCAGACCUCUCCUGUCUUGCCCGCUGCUCCCCUCAGCAGUGUAUUUCAGCCAGUAUACCUCUUCUGUUCCCAACUCUGUCUCUGGUGAAUCCUCUCACCCCCAACACCUCUGACUUUUACCCCAGUUCUUGAAUGCAUAAAUAAAUACAUCUUUUAAAAUAAUUUUAAAAAUAUGUUCCUCCCUGGUGGUGCAAAUGGUUAAGACUUCAGCCCAUGAAGCAAUCUGAAGUCUCUGCAGCACCAGUAUGAUCCCUGGCCUAGGAGCUGACCCAGGCACAGCAGACCUCUCCUGGACUUGCCAGCUGCUCCCCUCAGCAGUGUAUUUCAAUCAGUCUGCCUGUUCUGUUCCUUACUCUGUCUCUGGUGAAUCCUCUUACCCCCACACCUCUGGCCUGUACCCCAGUUCUUAA